AUGAUGCUCAAUUCAGACCAGACGGAGAUCGACCUGCCCCCCACACACUCCGAGUCUGAGUCUGUCUUCAGUGACUGCGGCGGUGGCCGCGCCGGCAGCACGGAGGACGCCGGUGGUGUUGGCUUGUGCGCUCAGUCCCGGAUAGCCGAGCCGGGCGAGGCCGUGAAGAAAGACCUGCAGCAUCUGAGUCGGGAGGAGCGUCGGCGCCGGCGCCGUGCCACAGCCAAAUACCGGACAGCCCACGCCACGCGGGAGCGCAUCCGCGUCGAAGCCUUCAACAUGGCCUUCGCCGAGCUGCGGAAGCUGCUGCCCACACUGCCGCCAGACAAGAAGCUCUCCAAGAUCGAGAUCCUCCGCCUAGCCAUCUGCUACAUCUCCUACCUGAACCAUGUGCUGGACGUCUGA